UGCCAGACCAGGCAGAGGCAAAAAGCCAGUGUCCCGGGACGCACCAGCUAGAGCGGGCAUCAUGGAUGUGCUGGUCCCGUUCCUGCAGCUGCUGGUGCUGCUCCUCACACUUCCGCUGCACCUGCUGGCUCUGCUGGGCUACUGGGAGCCCAUGUGCAAAACCUACUUCCCCUACUUGAUGGCCAAGUUAACAAAAAGCUCCAACAAAAAGAUGGAAGGCAAGAAACGGGAGCUGUUUAGCCCGAUAAAUGAUCUUAAGGGGACCUCCGGGAAAGUGGCCCUGCUGGAGCUGGGCUGCGGCACCGGGGCUAACUUCCAGUUCUACCCGCCCAACUGCAAGGUCACCUGCGUGGACCCGAACCCCAACUUCGAGAAGUUCCUCACAAAGAGCAUGGCUGAGAACAGGCACCUCCAGUAUGAGCGCUUCAUCGUGGCUUAUGGAGAGGACAUGAAACAGCUGGCGGACAGCUCCAUGGACGUGGUGGUCUGCACCCUGGUGCUGUGUUCUGUACAGAGCCCCAAAAAGGUCCUGCAGGAAAUCCAGAGAGUCCUGAAGCCGGGAGGACUGCUGUUCUUCUGGGAGCACGUGGCUGAGCCUCGGGGAAGCUGGGCCUUCCUGUGGCAGCGAGUUUUUGAGCCCACCUGGAAACACAUCGGGGAUGGCUGCCACCUCACCAGAGAGACCUGGAAGGACCUGGAGAAGGCAGGGUUCUCCGAUGUCCAAAUGGAACGGCAGCCCCCUCCCUUCAAGUGGCUACCCGUCGGGCCCCACAUCAUGGGAAAAGCUGUGAAAUAAGCCUCCCCCAGGAGCCCAUCUGCCCCCUCCCUGCCUGUAGUCAGAGUCACCCCGGGUGACCGGUACAGCCUCGGUCCCUCUUCCACAGUGAGGCUUCCUCCCUGCUCCCUCCAGAGGUAUAAAACUAUACAGCGCCAUACUGUCAACUACAAAGCCCUGGACUUUGCCCACCCCCCUUCUAGGACCCCGCUUUUCCUUUGUUCCCGUGGUGAAGUUCUCACUGCUGUUCUUCUGAGGCGACACCCAUGUGCCCCUUGGAACUAGCCACACCCCCAGGAUGAGAGAACAGCACUCAAUAAAACAACCAGAGUUUUUAUUGUCAAA